GAGAGAGAGAGAGAGAGAUGAAUGGUCAUAUGGACGUGGUGUUGUUGAGCUGGGUAGUUUUGAUGGUGGGUGUUAUCAGUAUUGCAGAUGGUGCAGUUUCUCCACAUCUGUUGGACAGGAUAAGUAAAAUAAACAAGGAGGGCCCAUACUUGGGCAUUGUAGUGCCUAACAGUUUUGAAAUGAACCCUCUUCUCCAAUCUCAAAGUUUUGUUGCUGAUCAAAACCAUCCCUACUUGGAUUUUGCAGGACGAAGGUUUCGGUUCGGAGAGAUUGAAAAUAAAAGAGUUAUUGUUGUUAUGACAGGGUUGGCCAUGCUUAAUGCAGGCAUAACCACACAAUUACUGUUGACUCUAUUCAAUGUGAAAGGAGUUCUGCACUUUGGAGUUGCUGGUAAUGGAAAUCCUGAACUCGAAAUCGGAGACGUGACCAUCCCUCAGUACUGGGCUCAUACGGGCCUAUGGAAUUGGCAGAGGUAUGGAGAUGGGCCUAAUGAUGAACUGGCUCUAGAAUCCAAUGGAGACUACACAAGAGAGGUUGGCUACCUUAAAUUUUUCAAAUUCAACAAUGACACAGAAACUGGCGAGUCCUCGGAUAACCUCCUCAACAAUGUUUGGUACCAACCAGAAGAAAUAUUUCCCAUUGAUGGAUAUCCUGAAAUGAGGCAGCAUGCCUUUUGGGUUCCAGUCAACAACCACUACUUUUCAGUUGCCCAGAAACUCGUGGGUAUGAUGUUGAAUGGAUGUGUGAAUUCUACAUGUUUGCCAAGAACACCAAUUGUGACAAGGGUAAAGAGUGGCGUUAGUGCAAAUGUGUUUGUUGACAAUGGAGCUUACAGAGAGUUCUUGUAUUCCAAAUUCAAUGCAACUCCAAUUGACAUGGAAAGUGCAGCAGUGGCUCUGGUUUGUUUGCAGCAGAAGAAACCUUUCAUUGCCAUUAGAGCACUCUCUGAUUUAGCUGGUGGAGGUUCUUCAGUGUCUAAUGAGGCUGAUAUUUUUGCAACAUUGGCCGCUCAAAAUGCUGUUGAUGUUGCUAUUGGUUUCAUUUCCUUACUGUUCCAAUGAAUUCCAACCAUCCUGUAUGCUAUUAUAUUAUAUUCGCUUCGAAAUAAGGCGUCAAUUGGUUGUAUGUGGUGGUGGCGACAGGGAGGUUGGGGGUACACAGGCCAUUUGAUGUUUAUUCUACUUGUUAGAGUAUUUUAAUAAAAGAGUACUUUUAUACGGAAACUCAAUUUCACGUUAAUUAAAUUUGUAAAAGUACUUGAAUAUAUAUACAUAUAUAUCUAGCCAUUGAAUUUAUUAAGACUUUGAGACUCUCACAUGCCCAAGAGUGAGAGCUUUUAUUUCAUUCGAUUGUGGAGAUCUAGUUGACACAUUAUAGAAAGGUGUCAAACGAAG